AUGAGGAAGGUUGUGUGGGACAUUCUGGUGCAUUGCUAUGAAGUUGAUGCAUCAAUGAAGAAGGUGAAGCUUCAGUCUCUGCAUAAGCAGUACGAGAAUCUCAACAUGAAGGAUAAUGAGAAAAUACCAGAUUACAUCUCCAGAGUAAUUCUGAUUACUAAUGAGAUGAAAUCUUACGGAGAGACUCUUUUUGAACAAGUAAUAAUUGAAAAGGAAAGGAAAUCAGAAGAAGCAAACAUAGUUGGAGGAGAGUCUGAUGAUGAACCUGUGCUAUUGAUGGCUUCUGAAUCUGAUGGUGGAUAUUUGGUAGACUGGUGGUAUAUGCACACUGGCUGCUCAAAUCACCUAACUGGAAACAAGCAAUGGCUAAUUAAUUUUGACUCUAGAAAGAGGACAAAAAUCAGAUGUGUUAAUGAUAAGUAUCUGAAUGCUAAAGGAAUGAGAAAUGUCAAGGUCAGAGUGAAGAAUGGGAAAAAUUUUCUAAUCAAGGAUGUUUGGUAUGUUCCUGGCAUAAAGAGCAAUCUAAUGAGUGUAGGGAAGCAACAAAACAUUCAAGGUGCAAGCAAGAAUGCCCAAGACUCGUCAAGGGAAUCAGGCGUUCCAGGCUCACGGGAAGAAGUUUUUGAAGUUACAGUAGCUCUGACACGGCUACCCGUGUUUCCUGACACGGCCCGUGUCAGGGGAAGGAAAAAAGAGGUUAAAAUAGUGGGCUGA